UGAGAAACAAUUCGUAAGAAACUAAAAGUGUAGGGACUCGUUAAAAGUUCGUUUAUGCCUAUCUCAAUAAUAAACAAACCAGCCAUUUUCAUUUCCUUCUGCAGAUUGCUUUCUCGCAAGCUUUGAGAUAUUGAUCUUCUCUCAAUCAUACUCCAUGGAUUCUUCUUUUUACUAUGGUUUUUGUGUUGCUGCAAUAACCUUCUUCACUCUUUUCGGUACAAUACUUUUCAUGUUUUAUGGAAAAAUAAAAUCCCAUCAAGAAAACAAAACAGUUGGUGCUUCUUCCUCUACUUUAUCUCUUACAGCAACCCCAUCUUCUUUGUCUCGAACCCGGAAACACCAUGUCUUCCCGAGCUUCCACGGAGCAGAUGUUCGAAAAACCUUUCUUACUCACAUCCUAAAAGAGUUCAAAGGAAAGGGAAUCGAUCCAUUCAUUGAUAAUGAUAUCGAGAGGAGCAAGUCAAUCGGUCCUGAGCUCAUAGAAGCUAUCAGAGGAUCGAAGAUAGUGAUCGUCUUGCUCUCGAGGAACUACGCUUCUUCGUCGUGGUGCCUUAAUGAGUUGGUGGAGAUCAUGAAGUGCAGAGAAGAGUUUGGUAAAACAGUGAUGACCAUUUUCUAUGAAGUUGAUCCAACAGAUGUAAAGAAGCAAACCGGAGAUUUUGGUAAGGUCUUCAAACGAACUUGUAAAGACAAAACAAAAGAUGAGAUUAAGACAUGGAAAAAAGUUUUGGAAGAUGUGGCAACAAUCGCUGGAGAGCACUCACGUAACUGGGAUAAUGAAGCAGCCAUGACUGAAAAAAUUGCUACGGAUGUGUCAAACAUGCUGAAUAGUUCCUCUCCGUCAAGAGAUUUUGAUGGUUUAAUUGGGAUGGGAGCUCAUAUGAAGGAAAUGGAAUCACUGUUAAGUCUAGGCUAUGAUGAUGUAAGGAUGAUUGGGAUUUGGGGUCCGUCUGGGAUUGGGAAGACCACCAUUGCCAGAGUCUUGUAUAGCCAAUUUUCUGAAAAUUUUGAAUUGAGUGUCUUCAUGGAAAAUAUCAAAGAGUCGACAUAUACAAGACCAGUUUGUUCUGAUGAGUAUAGUGCAAAGAUGCAGUUACAAAAAAUAUUCAUGUCCCAAAUAAUCAACCAUAAGGACAUGGAGCUUCCUCAUUUAGGCAUUGUCCAAGAUAGGUUGAGUGACAAGAAAGUUCUUAUUGUUCUCGAUGGCAUUAACCAGUCAAUGCAACUAGAUGCUAUAGCAAAAGAAACUCGGUGGUUCGGUCAUGGAAGUCGGAUUAUCAUCACAACACAAGACCAAAAACUUUUGAAGGCACAUGGAAUCAACCAUAUUUACAAGGUGGAGUUUCCAUCAGCAUAUGAAGCUUAUCAGAUGUUUUGUGUGUAUGCUUUUGGCCAAAUCUUCCCUAAAGAUGGGUUCGAGGAGCUUUCAUGGGAAGUUACAAAACUUUUAGGUAAUCUACCAUUGGGACUAAGAGUUAUGGGAUCCCACUUCCGGGGAAUGUCUAGGCAUGAGUGGGUAAGUGAAGUACCAAGGUUAAAGAAUCGCCUUGAUGCUGGUAUUCAAAGCAUUUUAAAGUUCAGUUACGAUGCUUUAUGUGAUGAAGAUAAAGAUUUAUUCCUUCAUAUAGCCUGCAUUUUCAACAAUACAGAAAUGGUGAAAGUGGAAGAUUAUCUUGCUUUAAGUUUCUUGGAUGUGAGGCAAGGGCUUCAAGUCUUAGCUGAGAAAUCUCUCAUAACUAUUGAGGUUAUACGUAUAGACUAUACACGUAUAGAUAUGCACAAUCUACUAGUACAACUAGGUAGAGAAAUUGUUCGUCGUAAGCCUGGGCACCAAUCCAUUCGUGAGCCUGGGAAGCGUCGAUUUUUGGUUGAUGCUAAGGAUAUUUAUGAAGUACUCACUGAUAACACGGGUAGUAGAAAUAUAAUAGGUAUACUUUUGGAGGUAAAAACCAUAUCAGGCAAAUUAAAUAUCAGUGGGAGAGCUUUUGAAAAAAUGUCUAACCUUAAAUUCUUAAUGUUUCAUGGCCCAUAUGAGUAUGACAAAGAAAAAGAUAAAUUGUACUUACCGCAAGGUUUGAAUAAUCUACCUCGAAAACUUAGAAUAAUACGAUGGAAUUGGUUCCCGUUGAUAUGUUUGCCUUCUAAUUUUUGUACCGAGUACCUAGUCGAGCUACGUAUGUGGAACAGCAAACUUCAAAACUUGUGGCAAGGAUAUCAGCCGCUUGGAAGUCUGAAGAUUAUGGAUUUGCGUGAGUCGAAACACCUAAAAGAGUUACCUGAUCUCUCAAGUGCGACUAAUCUUGAAGAAUUGAAUUUGUUUAAAUGCUCAAGUUUGGCAGAGCUCCCCUCUUCUGUUGGAAACCUUCAGAAAUUGCAAGAGUUUAAUUUACACGGAUGCUCAAAGCUAGAGGUUCUUCCAACCAAUAUCAACUUGGAAUCUCUCAAUAACCUUGAUCUCAAUGACUGCUUACUGAUAAAAAAAUUUCCUGAGAUUUCAACAAACAUUAAGAACCUCAAGCUCAUGAGAACUGCAAUAAUAGAAGUGCCUUCGAAGAUCAAGACAUGGUCUCAUCUUCAUAAAUUGGAAAUGUCAUACAAUGAAGAUCUUAAGGAAUUCCCGCAUGCACUUGAAAUCAUCACAAGUUUGUACUUUAACGAUACAGAAAUGCAAGAAAUUCCUCCGUGGGUUAUGAAAGUCUCUCGUCUUCAAUUACUUACACUGUACGGAUGCAAAAAGUUAAUAACAAUCCCACAACUUUCCGAUUCCUUAUUAACUCUUUCGGCAAUCCAUUGUGAGUCACUGGAGAGCCUUGAUAUCUCUUUUCACAACCAUCUUUUGGAUAGUCUCCGGUUUGUUAAUUGCUUCAAGCUGAAUAAAGAAGCAAGAGAACUCAUCAAGACUAGUAGUACCCGUAUGUUCUUACCUGGUAAAGAAGUGCCUGCAAACUUCACUUACCGAGCUAAUCCUGGAAGUUCAGUGAUUGUAAAUUUGAAUCAAAGGCCUCUUUCAACAACCUGUAGAUUUAAAGCUUGCAUCUUGUUAGUCACUCAAGAUGACAAGGAGAAGGGUGCCAAUGGUAAGAGAUUUGGUGUAACUCAUCGCCUCAGGGACAAGAAUAAAUUUGGCGUCGACAUUCCAUGCAGACCUUCAUACUAUUACGAAUUUCCCCCCAUUUUAGCAGAGCAUUUGUUCACCUUUGAGUUUGAAGCAGAUGUGACGUCCAUCGAGCUUCUUUUUUCGUUCCACGUCCACAAGAGUGACGAGGUGAUGAUAAAAGAAUGUGGAGUACUCCUACUCUAACUCCCUUCAUGUUAGGGGAGAAAAACAACUGGAGACUUACUUGCGACCCAAAAAGCAACUUCAUAGUUUCAGUGAAGAAAGAAACAGAGAAAGGCUCGAGUUGGUUAUGUUGGGAAAUUCAAGAACUGGUUAUUUUAAGUCGUUUUGUUAACGUUGGUAGGAAUACUCUUUAGUGUCAAUUUAUGCACAAAUUGCAUUUUGUAGAAUUUAUUUUUGAAUACUCUUUAAGUGUCUGAUCUAUAUACCAAUGAGAUAAUCAGGUACUUGUUUCUCUACAUGUUACUGAUCAUUUUACUA